AUGGAUCCUUCGGAGUGGCUUAGAAAAUCUAUUACUGAAAAACAUAUAAAUUUUUAUCAUUACUCUGACUUUGUUAAUAGGGAGAAAACUAAUGAAGGAGGAUUUGGAACUAUUCAGAAAGCCGAAUGGAAGGGCUAUGGCUUAUUCGUUGCCCUUAAAAGCUUAAAAAUUAAUGAAAACUAUGAAAAAUUUGUUAAAGAG